UGUAGGUACUCUGAAAGUCACUCUCAGUGGUCAAAUAUCUGGACAAAUGAAUUUCAAUGCAUUCAUUGGACGUUUGGAUAAUGAUGUUAACAUGAAGGCAUCAGCUAAGCUUGAGACAGGACCUACUCUAACUGUUACAGGAAAGGCUACUGCUAGAGUAUUGAUUAAAUACAAAUUAGGUAUUGAAGUCUCAGCCUCCAUAUCCUAUACCAUUAAUCCAGAAGCAUCAACCUCACUCUGUGGCUCAUCAUCACAGGAUGCUAAUGCAUGCUUUGAAGUUUAUGGUACAACUCGAGGAAAUAUUACUGUUUAUGCAUACCGGCAGUCUGGGAGAAUCCGGUGUAAAUGGCUCAAGUGCAAGAUUUCUUGGAGAAAAAAGAAAAAAUUUCGUAAACUAUCACGUACUUGGAGCCUAGUAAAUAGAAGAAAGAAACUGUUUGGUCUGUGUUAUGCUUGUAAUUGUUAUGGAAGCCACCCCCUCAAUGUCCUUUGCAAGGGUAGCCAAUAUGGAGCCUCACGAUGUUUCUGUUCAACAAGAAGGUCAAAUUGAUAUUCUUCAAUCAUCAUUGAAAACUGAUGUGAUCAUUUUUAAUGGACUCCUCUUUUUUGUAGUUGAGUUUAAGCUUUUUAUUAGUGUAGCAUAGUUAGAAUAUAAGCAUUUUUAUUUUUUGUAAACAAUGAAUCACAAAGAUAUUCAA